AUGGGAUCUGAUAAACCGCAGCCAGCGCUUCAGGUGACGGACCGGUUCGUGCGGAAGAUGCUCGCAGAGGAAGCGGGCGAGAACGAGCGAAAGCGAGCCGGAAAGAAGGGGAAGGGUAGGGGGGGCCGCGGGGAGCAUGCCAGAAAUCAAGCGGGGGGAGUGACAGAUGGAGGCAACGUUUCGUCUGCGCUGCUGCAUGCUCCUCCACCUCUUCCUCCCAGUCUGAAUCCGCUGUUCUUCGGCUCUGCUGUGACUGCCCCUUCUGUGGCGGUAGCUGAUUCGGCCGUUGCUGCUGAUUCUGGUGGUGGUUCUGCUUCUGGAGUGGGGUUUGCAGCAGAGGCAGAGGCGGUGUACAGAGUGCAGCGGAGAAAGGAGGAGCUGGCGGAUUUGGAGAAGACUUUGGAUCAAGUGAAGUCUCUACGGGCCGACAUUGCUCGUGAGCGGCAGGAGGAGGCUGCCCGUGCCACCAACAUGGCGCAAGCAUUGCAGGCACAGCAGUUCAGACCACCGUCGAGGGAAGUGCCUUGCCAACCUGAGAGGGAGGAAUGCCUAAGAUGCUACACUAAGAACUUGAAGGAUCCGCUCUCUUGUUCAAGUGUGGUGAACAAGUUCGUUGAGUGUUCACGACAAGCUCAACAGACAUUCUUGGCUUCUGAAGGGCGAUAA